CAGCACUUCCGCUUUCCUUUCGGCUCCCGCCCCGCUCCGCCAUCAUGAAGUCCUGAACAAAAACGGAUGAGAGUCGAGCAAAAUGGGGAGAACAUGAACUGGACAUGGAUUCCACCGACAGCACUAACGCAAUGACAGUACACAGUGGAGCGCGGAGCGGAGCCGUGGAAAAGAAUGAACACGUUUGUCGUUGAAAACUCAGCAGACGGCUUCUGGCGAUAGGUUAUAUUAGUUAGCGGUGUGGCUAACAGCAGUUCUCGAGCUAGCCUGUGGUUUUCUUCUGGAGACAGCUCUGCUGCUGCUGCUGCUGCUGGUUGGCAGAGGCGUCCGUCAGCAGCAAGCUGUCACUUCAACUGCCUGCCACUGUGCUCCAUGUCAAGUAGCGCAGACCGUUUGACUGAGAUCAUCGGGAUGGAGGGGACCUCGAAAAAAGCGUCGGCAGACAGAAUGUGGCUGGUUCGUGUUGAAUAGACACCAGAGCCGAGGAAAAGGGGGAGUGAGACCAAUAUUUUUCCAGCCAGGCCGGUUAGCUAGCUCUAGAGCUAGCUACAGUGGAUCCCAAAAGCCACGGCGCUGGCCAUGCCGUCGAGUGUGCGGGCCGGGAGCCUGAAGGACCCGGAGGUGGCUGAACUGUUCUCCAGGGACGAUCCCGAGAAGCUCUUCACAGACCUGAGGGAGAUUGGACAUGGGAGCUUUGGAGCAGUUUACUUUGCCCACGACAUCCGCACCAAUGAGGUGGUGGCCAUCAAGAAGAUGUCCUUUAGCGGCAAACAGUCCAACGAGAAAUGGCAGGAUAUCAUCAAGGAAGUCAAGUUCCUCCAGAAACUGCGCCACCCCAACACCGUCGAGUACCGCGGCUGCUAUCUGAGAGAGCACACAGCAUGGCUGGUGAUGGAGUACUGCUUGGGUUCAGCCUCUGACCUCUUGGAAGUCCACAAGAAACCCCUCCAGGAGGUGGAAAUAGCUGCCAUAAUCCAUGGUGCAUUGCAGGGAUUGGUGUACCUACACUCUCACAACAUGAUUCACAGGGACGUGAAAGCAGGAAACAUCUUGCUAACAGAGCCGGGUCAAGUCAAACUGGGUGACUUUGGCUCUGCCUCCAUUGUUGCUCCAGCAAACUCUUUCGUGGGAACACCUUACUGGAUGGCCCCUGAGGUGAUCCUGGCCAUGGACGAGGGUCAGUACGACGGGAAGGUAGAUGUGUGGUCACUUGGCAUUACCUGCAUAGAGCUGGCGGAAAGGAAGCCUCCUCUGUUCAACAUGAAUGCUAUGAGUGCCUUAUACCACAUCGCCCAGAAUGAGAGCCCCGUGUUGCAGUCUAAUCACUGGUCUGAUUAUCUCCGCAAUUUUGUGGACUCCUGUUUGCAGAAGAUUGCCCAGGACAGACCUACCUCUGAUGUGCUGCUCAAGCACCACUUCCUGUGCAGGGAACGUCCCAUUACUGUGGUGAUGGACCUGAUCGCGCGCACCAAGGACGCUGUCCGUGAGCUGGACAAUCUUCAGUACCGGAAGAUGAAGAAAAUCCUCUUCCAUGAGGCACACAACGGUCCUGCUCCAGAGGGAGGGGAUGAGGAGGAGGAUGUGGAGCAGUAUAUGCUGCGCACCGGCACAGUCAACAGUAUGGAGAGCUCCCACUCUCUGCCAUCCAUGUCAAUCAGCGCCAGCUCCCAGAGCAGCUCUGUCAACAGCCUGGCAGACGGCUCUGAUGACAGCGGGGAGAUGGCCAUGAUGCAGGAGGGAGAGCACACCGUCACCUCCAAUAGCUCCGUCCUGCACAAGCCCCUGAGCCAUGACAACAUCUACGACGAUCCCUAUCAGCCGGAGGUCGACUUGCAACGAGAGGCUUCUGCUGGUGGUGGUGGUGGCAAUGGCGGCGGUGGAGGAGGUGGAGGAGGUGGAGGAGGAGGCGGAGGAGGAGGAGGGAGGCGCCGUCGAGGCAGAGACCACUUUGCCACCAUCAGAACAGCCUCACUCGUCACUCGCCAGAUCCAAGAACACGAACAGGGCUCAGCGCUGAGAGAGCAGAUGUCUGGGUACAAGCGAAUGCGGCGGCAACACCAGAAGCAGCUGAUGGGUCUGGAGAACAAGCUGAAGGCAGAGAUGGACGAGCACCAGCUGAGACUGGACAAAGAGCUGGAGAACCAGAGGAACAGCUUCUCAAUGGAGGGGGAUAAACUCUCCAAGAAGCACCAGGCUAUCCUGGAGAAGGAGACUAAGGCCGUCAUGACUGAGGAGAAGAAGUUCCAGCAGCACAUCCUGGCCCAGCAGAAGAAGGAGCUGACCGGUCUGCUGGAGUCGCAGAAACGUCAGUAUCGACAACGAAAGGAGCAGCUCAAAGAGGAACUAAACGAGAACCAGUCGACGCCAAAGCGAGAGAAACAGGAGUGGUUGGUGCAUCAGAAGGAGUGUCUGCAGCAGCUGCAGGCGGAAGAGGAGGCCAAUCUGCUGCGGCGCCAGAGGCAGUACUACGAGCUUCAGUGUCGUCAGUACAAGAGGAAGAUGUUGCUGGCACGCCACAACCUGGAGCAAGAUUUGCUGCGAGAGGACCUGAACAAGAAGCAGACGCUGAAGGACUUGGAGUGCGCCAUGCUGCUGCGUCACCACGAGUCCACCCAGGAGCUGGAGUUCCGUCAGCUGGGCCUGGUGCAACGCACGCGCGCCGAGCUGAUCCGCACGCAGCACCAGACGGAGCUCACCAACCAGAUGGAGUACAACAAGAGGCGCGAGCAAGAGCUGCGGCAGAAACACGCCGUGGAGGUCCGCCAGCAGCCCAAGAGCCUCAAAUCCAAAGAGCUUCAGAUCAAGCGUCAGUUCCAGGACACGUGUAAGAUCCAGACCCGUCAGUACAAGGCCCUGCGCAACCACCUGCUGGAGAACACGCCCAAGUCGGACCACAAGGCCGUGCUGAAGCGGCUGAAGGAUGAGCAGACGCGUAAGCUGGCCAUCCUGGCCGAGCAGUAUGACCACUCCAUCAAUGACAUGCUGUCCACACAGGCUGUGAGUAAGCUGCGACUGGAUGAAACUCAGGAAGCGGAGUACAAGGUGCUGCGGAUGCAGCUGCAGCAGGAGCUGGAGCUGCUCAACGCCUACCAGAGCAAGAUCAAGAUCCACACUGACACGCAGCAUGAGAGGGAGGUCAAGGACCUGGAGCAGAGGGUCUCCAUCCGCCGCGCCUUGUUAGAACAGAGGAUCGAGGAGGAGAUGCUGUCGCUGCAGAACGAGCGCUCCGAGCGCAUCCGCACGCUCCUGGAGCGACAGGCCAGUGAGAUCGAGGCCUUUGACUCGGAGAGCAUGCGCCUGGGCUUCAGCAACAUGGCACUGACUGGCAUCCCCAGCGAGGCCUACCCCAAGCAGGGCUAUUCCAACGCCCCCGCCCCCAGCUCCCGCUCUGCCGGCCACUGGAGCCACGGCAUGCACCCGCAGAACAUGCCGGCGCUGCAGCAGCACUCCCGCCGCAGCCACAACAGCAGCAGCAGCAGCAGCAGCGGCAUUGGCAGCAGCAGCAGCAGCGGAGGCGACCGCAGGAGCGAAGUGUCCUCUUCCUCCCACGCCCUGGGAAUGGCCCUCGGGUUGGUCCGGGAUGGGAGGGAGGUGCAUCACUCGUCCCGCUCUUCCGCCUCCUCUUCCUCCUCCUCGUCCUCGUCUUCCUCCCACCACCAGCGGCACCACCUGCCCCAGCACUACCACCACCAGAGCACGCCACAGCUGUACCGCGAGCGGGAGCGGGAUCGAGAUAGGGAGCGGGAGAAGGAGAGGGAGCGGGAGUGGGCCGGAGUGCGAGGCUCCGGCGGUGACCUGGCCCACCCACACCCCCUGCCCUUCUCCCAUCACCUGCCCUCACGCUCCUCCUCCCAGUCCCUGGCCAUGCUACCUCCCCCACCACCUGCCCCUCCCUCCAUCUCCGGCCCCUCCUCCUCUUCCUCGUCCUCCUCCUCCUCGCAGGGUGGGAUAUAUGGUGGCGGCGGGCUGGGUGUGCGUGGUGCCCCUAGUCUGAUGGCGCUGAGGAAUAGUCCCCAACCUCUGAGGAGGACGGCGUCUGGAGGGGGACCUGGAGGUGCCGGGGGCAGCGACGGUGUUCUGAGCCGCAGCACCUCCGUCACUUCACACAUCUCAAACGGCUCACACCUCUCGUACUCUUAGACGGCAGAUGGAAGGGAGGGCGUGAUUUUAGGAUGGUAGCUAUCACAGGUUGCAUCUCAAUAUUCUCAGUUUGCCUCAAGUGUUCUUUCCUGGAGGAAUGUCAGCUGUCUCAGAACAGCUAACAUGCAGAGGAUUCUGGGAUAUUACUGUUUCCUCUUCCAUAAAACCAGGAGGCAAACUGGGGCUACAUCCAUACUACUGUGUUUUCAUUUGAAAACAGUAUUUCCUUUUGAAAUCCAUACUAACACACCUGAAAACAAUGAUAAUAGGGAUAUUUGGGUUCACGGAGCAUGAUGAUGCUGAUUCUCUCCUCUGCAGAAAAGUGUUUCCAAUGACAAACAACGAUAGUUGAUGUCAGAGCAAGGGUUUCUGUUAGUGGACAGAUAACUGAAGUGUUAACAGUUUUUCAUUCACAGCUGAUAGUUUUGGCUGACAUGAGCUCAACAGGAAGCGAAUGUGAGUAACUAAGACUAAGAUCCAGACCACGUGUCGGUGGGUAUUUUUUGAAAACGUACAUUAGCUCUCAGAAAACGCACAUUUCAGAAUAAUUCCUGCCCGGGUGAAGAAUUUCACAAUCUCCCUUCAUAGUGUAUAUGCAUUAACAGAGGAAACAGGGAGUUGUUGGUCCUGUCCCCAUGGAAACCCCAUGUAAACAAUCUUUUUCUUUGUUGUUCCAUAAACACGGCGUCCCUUCAGGAAAUUAUCAGCAUCCGCACAAAACCUCCCAAAACCAACUGCUAUUACUCAACAAGGAAAGAAAUAAAGUUUAUUUGAAUUAUACGUUACAACGUUUGCAGCCACAGACACAGAACGAUGAAAGCCAGGGCGGCUAACGAACGCCGUGUGUUGUUGUCCACACAAAAUGCAAGACGGUCGGGUUUAUUUACGGCCAGACCUGUGCUAGUGUUAGCAUUGCUUACUGGAGUUUUACUGUGGUGACGUUAAAGCGUUAUUGAGCUAGCCAUUGUUAGCAAUGCUCCAUGUGGUAUUCCGCGCACAUACAUAGCGUAGCAACAUGUCUUGAACAGUACUACACGGUUGAACAGUACUAUGUGUGCUAUUCAUGGUGAAAGUCGCAGUGUUUCUAUGGCGACGGCCGUCUUGGAUUCCCAUGUGUGGGUUGGCAAACUUCGGAGUUUUGACAACGAAUGGAACCAGUUUUUUGUUUUUUUUGUGUGGUUUUUCUACAGGAACAGACAUUUUGUCUAUCUCUCUCCCGAUUGGCCGACAAGGCUCGACAGUCAUAGUUAUAUUGCCGCCUGGUGACUUGGCGCGUUUCGAUAGCACCUAACAGUGGGUCUUUGUGUUUUCAUGUGGACGAAGAUCUUUUAGAAAACGUGUGUGGACGCCUCCCGAGUGUGCGAACGCAAUUGCGGAGCUCGCGUUGUUUUCAAACCUUUGUCAGGACAGUAUGAUAGCAGAUGAAUCAGCAGCAGAGAGGAUUUGUUUUGAAAUGAAACUGGAACAGUGUAGAUGUAGCCCAACUGUACUGAGCUGCAGCCUGCGUCUUUAGACUCAGGGUGGCUCCAGAGCUUUUCUCCCAUUCUCACAGGUA